CCCGGGGGCGGCCGCUCCCCGCCCCGCUCAGCGCCAUGGCGGGCCCGUGGCGGGGGCUGCGGAGGGCGAGGGGCUGGGCGGCCCUGGCUGGGCUGCGGGCGAGGACGGACAAGUUCGGGGGUGUGAGCGUGGACCUGGGCGAGCUGCGCGGCUCCCCGCGGCUGGAGCGGGCCGCCUUCGGGCGGUGGCUGCGGGAGUCUGUGUCUCAGUGGCGGGAUGAAGGCCGUGUUGCUGUCUGGCUCCAUGUCCCCAUCCUCCAGAGCAGCCUUGUGGCAGUGGCGGCUUCCCAAGGCUUUGCUUUCCACCACGCUGAGCAGGGCUCGUCCACCCUGACGCUGUGGCUGGGAGAGGGGGCCAGCAGGCUGCCAGGGUUCGCCACACACCAGCUGGGGGUUGCAGGUGCUGUUCUAGAUGAAAGCACUGGAAAGGUGUUGGUUGUACAAGACAGAAAUAAGACUAUAAACGCAUGGAAAUUUCCAGGAGGUCUGUCUAAUCCAGGAGAAGACAUUGGAGACACAGCAGUUCGAGAGGUUUUUGAAGAGACUGGCAUCAAGUCAGAGUUCAAGUCCAUCCUAAGCAUCAGGCAGCAACACAAGCACCCUGGAGCCUUCGGGAAGUCGGACAUGUACAUCAUCUGCCGCAUGGAGCCCUCCUCCUUCCACAUCAGCUUCUGCCAGCACGAGUGCCUCCGGUGCGAGUGGAUGGACCUGGAGGAGCUGGCCAGGACGGAAAACACCACGCCCAUCACCAGCAACGUGGCCAAGCUCUUACUGUUCGGGUACUGGGAAGGGUUUGAUAGGAUUGACAUAACCAUGAGGGAGUUCCCAGCUGUCUACACAGGCCUGUUCUACAAGCUCUACCACAGGGAGCUGCCCGAGUCCUACAGAAACAUGACAUGAUAGCAAUACAUUUCACAUUUCCUUACAGUAAUAAUUUAGAAUUAUUGCAGUGUUGAAUAUUAUAGUUAUCUGUGGACUUAUUUUUAGGUAAUUAUUAGAACAUAAUUAUUCUCUAAUAAGCUAAGAUAUAAAUUAUUUUUAAAGGUAAUUAUUGCUAUGAGUGUGCAUCAGGUUUGUUCUCUACUCCAUAAAGCAAGCAUAAGGUAAAUAAAAUACAUAGGUACCUAGAAGAAAACAAAAGUGUUACUGAUCCUGAAAAUAUAUUCUGCAAGUCAUUUUACCUCCACGCACACUGGCACAAUAGGUUUAAAGAGCAAUAUAAAGACAGUAUGAAACAUUCAUGGUUUAAUCUGGUAUCUGCAAAAGUAGUUAUAAUAUCAGCAAAUAAUUGCUUAUAUUUGGCUACUUCAGAGAGGCGUAGGAAAGGCGACAUCUUUAGUGCUGUGUGGCACUGGUGCUCAGAAUGUGCCAUGGAAGUCAGCUUUUAGCAGACAUGGGAAGGAAAAGGAUAGCUUUCUGUCCAGGUCCAGUUUUUGGUCCAGGUUUGUACUGUCCAGUUCUUUUCAGUGCCACGUACCAAUCCGAGUAUUUCCGUGACCGGUAAGUGUUAUAGUUAUUGGAUUCCAAACGUUCAAAAAAGAAACAUUCUUCUGUUGCGUAUUUCUAAAAGGGAAAAGAGAAAUCAUUACUGGUGUAGCACCACAAAUCAAUUCUUCACAUUCAGGGGACUAACUUACAAGAAUGUGAGCAGUAUUUUUGGUUUUAAGAACUAGAGAUUAACUGUUUCACAACUGAAGAAAGAUACUUACUGUGAAAAUAUUGUUAAAAAUUUACAAUGAGAGGUUUUUACCUAUGGUUCAUUUAUUGUCUCUAACACAGAUUAGCAGCUUUUAAUUUUCUUUUAAUUACUGUGUAAUUCUUUGUUCUGAUCAGAAAAUGUAUAAAAGAAGCCUUUAAGAACAAAAACUUUAAGCAGAAUAUAGACAAUUCAAUACGAUUGCCCAACCUGGAAAUUCGGGCAGAGGCACAUCAAAAAAGGGUGAAAAAAGAAAAGUCCUUAUUUCUCCUCAAAGCAUAUGUGACACCAAUGCUUUCUUACAGUCCGUUGUCAGUGUAAACAUUUUGACAUAAACCCCAUCAUUAAGGUGACAAAUGAUAGCUCAGGCUUCAUGAACUAUGUAUUGCUUAACAUCCCCCAGAGGUGACAUUUCAGGAGCUGGACUGCUGUCUAGCGAGAGCAGGAUGCCAGCCACUGCACUGUCAAUCUCAGCACCUGGAAAAACUCUGGAUAUCUGUGGUUUUUCCUUUCAAAUACACUUCAGUCCAGGCUGCCUCCAGAGUGAAGAUCUGACAGCAGAAGCUUUCUCAGCACCUCACGAAACACCUGAACUCUGCUCAAACUAAAUGCAGGGUGUUUUCACAUUCUUUGUGCACAAUUUGAAUCCAUAACAUCAAAAGACAAAAAUUUCCCUUCGAGUCAAGUCCUUCAAGUCUGGCAAAACGUGGCUAUUCACAGCAAAGCCACGUAAGCAUGACAGAAUGAACAGGUCAUAUCCUUAAAUAACAAAUUAUUUAUCAUAAAAUACAAGUCAGUCAAAAUUCUUCCCUUCAUGGGAAGUUUGGGAAAUUUCUUCAUUAAAUUAAAUAAUCACAUUUCACUCCAUAAAGUGAAAGUAUUUCAUUCUUAUAAUUCAUCUGGAAAGUCAAAAUAAGCCAUGUGAGAUGGGAAAUGUUUCCCUUUGUUUCAUCGAAAAUCUGCUGGAACAGAUGCAUUUCUGCACAAAUAUUUUCAGUUAAAAGAGCAUUUUCCAAGGGGAGGUUUUGACUAUCUGCAUUCACAUCCAGCCAUUUCCUCCAGUGGUAGAGAUCACCUCUCCCCCACGACUGACUCUGUUAGUAAAGAACAUGAAAAAUGCUCAAUUAAGAGCUGCAUCAUCCAGAUCUCCACACAAGAACACGACCCAUUGCACCCCCACGCAGGUCACCAGGGUGAGCAGUGGUCCACGGGCUGUGCAAUAAAUCAUCCUGCAAAGCCCAGCUCAGAACAAACCCUGCAGCAUGUCUCAACAAGUAAUUACAAAAACAUCCAACAAGAUGAAAAACAGGCCUGAAUAAGAAUUUGCAAACAUAUUUCCAAAAACGUUAAUUUGUAAAAGAAGGACACUAUGCAAAUUGAUCCUGGACACCGAAAAAUAAUUAAAAACCCCAGACAUUAAAAAGGACAGAUUAGUACUUGAGUGACUGAUUAGAGGAAUAAAUUAUGUGAUUAGAAAUUAAAA